AUGUCUUCACAAAAUCCCGGCCCCUCAGGCCCAUCAAUAGAACAACUCAAAAAAAUGGGCCCUCCAUACCCUCCCUCCGGCGCAUCCCUAGGCGGCAUCCCCACCAACUCCGUCGACACGCCCAUAUCAUCCGUCAUAAUCGCCCUGUUCAUCCUCUCCGCCGCCCUCAACAUGACCAUAUUCCAGCGCAACCGCCGCGCCAACCACAAAUUCAUCCUCUCCGCCCUCCUGUUCGGCUUCUCCAUGGCCCGUAUCAGCGCCAACGUCAUGCGCAUCGUCUGGGCGAACUACCCGCACGACGCGCAGAUCGCCAUCGCCGCCAACAUCCUCACCAAUGCAGGCGUCCUGCUGCUCUUCAUCGUGAACCUCAUUCUUGCGCAGCGCAUUCUCCGCGCGCACCAGCCCCGGCUGGGGUGGACCAAGGCCGUGUCCCUGACCUUCAAGGCGCUGUAUGUGGUGGUCGUGGCGCUGCUCGUCAUGGUGAUUAUAUCUACCGUGUAUAGCUUCUACACGCUUGACAUGCACGUGCGGUCUGAGCUGCGGGAUAUACAACUCUUCGCGGUGACGUUUCUCGCUGUGCUGGCCUUCCUCCCUAUUCCUAUCAUUGUGACGACGCUGCUGCUCCCGCGGGCGCAUCCGGUGGAGGAGUUCGGCAAGAAGGGCAGCAUGAGGACGAAACUCGUGUUGGUGUUGUUCACGUCUACGCUGCUUGCGUUUGGGGCUGGGUUCCGCGCGGGAGUGGCGUAUGUGCAGCGGCCGGCGAGUAAUCCCGCUUGGUUCCAUCACAAGGCGGCGUAUUAUUGCGUCAAUUACUUGAUUGAGUUGAUUGUUGUGUUUACAUAUGCGCUGAGCAGGUUCGACCUGAGGUUCCAUGUGCCCAAUGGGUCGAGCAAGCCGGGUCAUUACUCUAAUGGCGUGGACGGAGAGGUCAAGGACGUGGUGGUCACUGAUGAGGAGAGGCCGAGGACUGGUGCAGAGGAGAGGGAGAAGGAGAGGCAGUGGGAGGCGGAUGCGAGGAAUGAAUUGAACCGCCAGGCAGUCGUGUAG